AUGCUCAAGGCCCUGGACAUGCUCUGGCACGAGGACUGCCUCAAGUGCGGCUGCUGCGACUGCAGGCUGGGCGAGGUGGGCUCCACGCUCUACACCAAGGCCAACCUGCUGCUAUGUCGAAGGGAUUACCUGAGGUUGUUUGGCAGCACGGGCUACUGCGCCGCCUGCUCCAAGGUGAUCCCGGCCUUCGAGAUGGUCAUGAGGGCCAGACACAACGUGUACCACCUCGAG